AUGAGCGAAACCCCGAAGCACACCAACGCAUCCAUCAUCCCUACCACUUCUGGUGCUAACACUGUCGACGCCACAUCAACCACUGUCUCCACUUCCAGCAAUGAGGACUCGCUUCGAACCUGUCUUAAUAGCCGUGGCGCCUCCACAUCACGCAUAGGCCUGGUCAAUUAUUUGCGUAUUCAUUGCACGGGACUGACGAACCAGGGCCAACAUAGGAUCGCCACACUCGUCUCAACUGCCACCGCCCGCAUAGUUACUGCAUCAGAAGACCUGGCCGCGUGUGCCCGCAUGCAAAUCUUCGGUGAACUUCAGCCUCUUCUGAAUGCAAGAAUCAAGUGGCUCACGCCUUCGCCUGAGAAGCCGAAGCGAAGCCAGGCAGCGUGUGUGGCACGCGUAGACAGGCCAUCUUGCCUCUUUCAACCACUGCUUCCGCCCCCAGUAUCCGUUGGCCGACCAGCCCGGACAGGCAUCAACAUAGGGGAAAACCAACGUCGCACCCGAUGCAGAUGA